ACGUUACUGGAAUAAACCAGGUCGGCAAAUGUACAAAUGUCAACAAAAAGAAAAAGUUAGCUGGGCGAAUAACACUCAUAGCCAGUAGGAAACCCCCAUCUAUCUACUGCUUCUACCUUUCUUUCAAAAAAAAAAAAAACAAACAAAUUACUACUUCUACCUUCAGUGAACUAUAAAAGAAGGAAAUAUGGAGAGACAGGAUUCCUGGCUGCCUGCAUCGAUCAAAUUAAAUUGAUCAUCACGAUGAGGAAGCUAGUUUUGGCAGCUUUAGCCAUAUUAGUUAUGGAAAAUCCCUCUUCUCAGGCGUAUUACGCAAAUGUUCAUGUCCAGAAUUCGUUGAGCGUGGAUAGGUUGAUAGCCCAUUGUCAAUCCAAAGACGAAGAUCUCAGCGCACAGGUCAUUGAAGAGGGCUCUUCUUUGUAUUGGCGCUUCGAUCCUACUGCGUUGGGUAAGGCGCAGGUUUGGUGCAACCUGGCGGUACAAGAUAAGCGUCUUUCGUUCACUGUCUACGAUGUGACGAACACCGAGAUUCGAGGUGACGAGGUUCGUUGGGUUGUCAGGGACGAUGGAGCUCAUCUGGUGCUUUUUGGUAAUGUUGCGGAAGAAUCAGUUGCCCGACAGAAGUGGAGAAGGAUUGUUUUUUCCCCCGACACUAACUGAAAAUUAAUGGAUGAUGCGUUCAUGCGCCUAGGCUGAAAAAUGUAUGUAAUUUGACAUGCAUGUAUUCGAAAUAUUGUGUUUCUCCAUCUCCAUAAGCGAUUGCUAAUAAAAAAAAGAUAUUAUCUAAUUAAAACUUAUCCGUGAAGUGAAUUACGCUCAAUGGUAUACAAAGAGUUGUAAUUUUUACAUAAAAAAUAUUUUUUAGCACUUUUCACUAAAACACUAGUAUUUUAUGAGAUGAAGUUAUUUUAAAUUCAAUUUCUAAUGUUUUUAUACUCUCUUCUCUUGAAUAGUUCGAACAAUAAUUGUAUUUUGUACAU